AGGCUGCUGCAGAUCCAAUGUCGUCCUCUGAUGCACCAGAAGAUGGCCCAAAGGAAACGUCAAGUGUAUCGCAGAAUAUCUCUUCUCUCUUUCCCUUACUGAACUGCGUGGACAACCUGUCCCAGUGUCCACAGGGUAGGAAACCUGGACUGAGACCCAUGCUUGGAGGCAGCCUCUCCAGUGAUGGCACUCUCAAUGAUGUAGCUUCAGAAUUGAAUCUGAUGCAGAUGCAUUUAAAAUUCUCUUGGAGAUGAAGCUGAAGAAGAGGCAGAAAAGACCUGCUUUACCAAGCACUGUGACUGAGCUUGAUGCUGAGGAUGGUUCUAAAGUAUAUGUGGUUGGAACAGCCCACUUCAGUGACAGCAGCAAAAAGGAUGUAGUAAAGACAAUACAAGAAGUGCAGCCUGAUGUAGUUGUGGUGGAACUAUGUCAGUACAGAGUUUCUAUGUUAAAGAUGGACGAGAAGACAUUACUAAAAGAAGCCAAAGAAAUAAAUCUGGAAAAACUUCAACAAGCUAUAAAGCAGAACGGAGUCAUGUCUGGAUUGAUGCAAAUGCUGCUUCUGAAGGUUUCUGCACACAUCACAGAACAGCUGGGAAUGGCCCCAGGAGGAGAAUUCAGGGAGGCUUUCAAAGAGGCUAGUAAAGUACCUUUCUGUAAAUUCCACCUUGGAGACCGACCCAUCCCUGUUACAUUUAAGAGAGCAAUUGCUGCGCUUUCCUUCUGGCAAAAAGUCAAGCUUGCCUGGGGCCUUUGCUUCUUAUCUGACCCCAUCAGUAAAGAUGAUGUGGAGAAAUGCAAACAGAAGGAUUUACUGGAACAGAUGAUGGCAGAAAUGAUUGGAGAAUUCCCUGAUCUUCAUCGAACGAUUGUCUCUGAACGAGAUAUUUACUUGACCUACAUGCUGAAGCAAGCAGCAAAGCAGAUAGAACUACCUCGAGCUUCAGAAAAUGAACCUAGAAAAUACAUCCCAGCUGUUGUAGUUGGUGUUGUUGGUAUGGGUCACGUACCUGGAAUUGAAAAGAACUGGAAUUCUGACCUAAAGAUCCAGGAAAUAAUGAGUGUGCCUCCUCCAUCAGCUUCAAGUAAGAUUUUCAAAUUUGUUUUAAAAGCAACAGUUUUUGGACUGCUGGGAUAUGGCUGCUACCGAAUAGGUCACAGGACAGUUCAGUUUGUUCUCUCAAUGCCAGCAACACAGAGCUAUCUUCAGAGGCUGACAGAGGUGCCUCAGCAAUGAACAUGGAGUGGAGGCUCUGUGUGAAGAAGGUGGCUGAAGAAAGGGUGAUAGAGGCAACGCAUGAGCUGGACUGAAGGAUGAGGAUUCUAGUCAGAGCUGAUUGAAGCUGAGCAACACUCAAUCACUAAAUAAUAAAAUAUUUGAUACACCAGCUAUGAUCUAAUCAAUAGUUUGAAUCUUGAUAGGUGUGUUGCAUGAAACCAGAUGAUUCCAGAUUGAGCUAAAAGAAAUGCGUAUGCAAUU